AUGCCGGGGGUCGAAGCCAUGCAGGGGCAAGCCGGCCGCCGGCGCGCUGAACGCCAGACGUCAUCAUGCACCGAAUGUCGUCGCCGGAAGCAAAAGUGUUCACAAGGCCAACCAUGCACAAACUGUCUUCGCCGGUUUCCUCAGCCCAUUUGCGAAUACAAGGUCAAGUCCUCAAAAAGAAACCUCCUCCUGCGUUAGCCGUACGACAAGGACCAUACGCUCACUUGAAUCCUGCCGAUGUUCAAGAAGCCAUUAUCAAUCUAGAGGAUGCCUUGUCAAGCUCUUCUGGCAGUUCCGCCCAAAACCCCCAUUCAAAGAUCAGCCCCUGGGUUCCGUUCAAAGUUGUCUCCAAGGAGGUUCAAGAUGAAGACGAAGCCAUACUCAGGUCACUUCAGGUCAUCGUGGAACACCGUCUAACCUUGGCUAACCGUAUCUAUUUGGACGAACGAGCCGAGACCACAAAGGCAUUCUUGGCGCACCACGAAGGACGGCGACCUGUUGGAUUACCAGUCGAAGGCUCCAUGGAGCAACUACGAUUAUUGCCAAUGGAGCCUACUAAUCUGAAUAAGGAGUUGGUGCGCAUACACCUCCAGCUGCUAUGCCGCUUCAAGUGCUCCGUAGAUGGAAACCCAGACCCAAGCAAUGCCUUUAUGAAAUACUGGGUUCCCUGUUGUGUACAGGACCCCCUUCUUCUGCAAAUUGUUCUAUUCACAUCGUCAUGUUUCCUCUCGGAGACAGGACAUAUCCCAAAGAUACUAGCAAUGAUGCACAAGGGCAAGGUGUAUCAUUUGCUCAACUCACAACUUCGAGACGAGGCCAGCCAAACCAGCGACGCAUCAGUUCUGGGCGUCGUACAGAUGGUUGCUGAUUCUUGGUAUUGGGGCGCCACGGCUGAUCUCAAAGCCCAUAUCAGAGGUCUGAAGCAGAUGAUUAGGAUGCGAGGUGGUCUAAGUCAACUUGGACUACACGGAUACUUAGCCAAGAUGAUUAUCGUAGGCAUGAGCAUCAGCUUGAUGCCCCAAGUCUUGGUUGUUCAGGAGCUGACCCGAGAUAGUCACGACGUUGUCAUGGCACUUGCCCACGAGAUCGAUCCAUCCAUCUAUGGACAUCCUGGCUUCACGUUCCAGGAUCCUAUCCUGGUUCCCUUCAAGACCGCCUUGAACACACCUCUCAUUUUUGGAUGGCCAACUUUCCAGGGAUGCUCCAACUCCCUGCAGCUUCACCCAAGCACGGCUCAGAUUCUCGACGACAUGCGUUAUCUGUUUGACGUUGUUUUAUCGUUGCCGGAAUUUCCCAGCGCGGAGGAGCUUGACAAUGUUGUAACAACAGCUGGUUGGGUUCAGGACAGGAUAUCUGACCUUCCAGACGACGCGCCAUCACGACGAUCACCAGAAUAUCGCACACCUUCUCGAUCAAGCUCUGUCGAAAGCCCAGCAAAGUCGCCAGGUUCCGCAAAAUCCGACAAGUCCUCCCCGCCCGUUGAACUUCCAGACAUGAUGUAUCGUGUCGUCCGGUUAACAUCACUGAUCUGGGUUCGGUCAAUUCUCAACCGCUCUCCAACCAGCACAAUGUGCUCGGAGCGCGAUGUAAUGAUAAUCUGGGGCUCAGUGUGGCAGGCUGGUCUACCCUGCUGGCAAGCCGUGGUCGGCAUCUUUGUGUGGAUUAUGCUGGCACUUGUUCCCAGCUGUCACAAGACACCUGCUGGUCGCUUCAUGAAGACGCUGAUGGUUUCCACUUUCAUGUCGAUCGGGGUGGACAAUUGGCACAUCGCCAUGGAUAUCACCAGGACCGCUUUCAAGCUACAAAGAUGGCUUGCAGGAGGCAGGAUUCAAGCAGGCGAGAAGGGUCUCAGCGGAGGGGAGACUGUUGUGGAUAAGUACGGAUUUGUCAUGAAAGAGAUCCUGCCAGAGAUUCAGCUCCCGACCGACGACGAAUAA